CCGCCCUCCGCGCUGCGCUCAUGGCGCUCUACGAGUUCUUUUCUCAACCAGUCGAGCGCGGGUACCGCGCGCGGCUCUGCUCCAAGGCCGCGCUGUUCCUGCUGCUGGCCACCGCGCUCACGUACAUCCCGCCGCUGCUGGUGGCCUUCCGGAGCCACGGUUUUUGGCUGAAGCGAAGCAGCUACGAAGAGCAGCCGACCGUGCGCUUCCAGCACCAGGUACUGCUCCUGGCCCUGCUGGGACCCAAGCAUGGCGGGUUCCUCGCCUGGAGCACGUUUCCCGCCUUCAACCGGCUGCAGGGAGAUCACCUGCGCAUCCCGCUCGUUUCGACUAGAGAAGAAGACAGGAACCAGGAUGGGAAAAUGGACAUGUUAUAUUUUAAACUGGAGCUUCCCCUGCAGUCCACGGAGCAUGUUCUUGGUGUGCAACUCAUCUUGACUUUCUCCUACCAAUUGCACAAGAUGUCAACAUUCGUGAUGCAGAGCAUGGCAUUUCUUCAAUCCUCGUUUGCUAUUCCGGGGUCUCAGUUAUAUGUGAACGGAGACCUGAGGCUGCAGCAGAAGCAGCCCCUAAGCUACGAUGGCCUCGAUGCUCGAUAUAACGUGUCUGUCAUCAACGGGACCAGCCCUUUUGCCUAUGACUAUGACCUCACCCACAUUGUUGCUGCCUAUCAAGAAAGGAACAUAACCACCAUCCUGAUUGACCCCAACCCCAUCUGGCUGGUGGGAAGGGCUGCCGAAGCUCCAUUUGUGAUUAAUGCUGUCAUCCGAUACCCUGUGGAAGUCAUUUCUUAUCUACCAGGAUUCUGGGAAAUUAUAAAGUUUGCCUGGAUCCAGUAUGUCAGUAUCUUACUUAUCUUCCUCUGGGUGUUUGAAAGAAUCAAAAGAUUUGUGUUUCAAAAUCAGGUGGUCACCACAAUCCCUGUAACAGCAAUGCCCCAGGGAGAACUCUAUAAGGAGCACUUAUCAUGAGAAGACCAGGACUGAAAACUCUGAGCAGGACCCUGGCUACCUCAUAUUGUCUUCUGAGAACUGCCAUCUUAGGAUAUUUCUGGAAAGAGCCCAUGGACACGUGUCAGUAUGUGUGUUUUUCCUUCCAGCGACAAAGAAGAGUUGUUUCUAAUUUUUCUCUACACAAAUUCCAUAUCUUCUAAGUGCCUAUUGGACUCAUCAGGGACUGGUUCGUGGAAAGUUCUGAGGGUUCCUGAAGGCUAUAAUUUGCCCCCUCCCCCUUUUUAUUUUUUUGCCUUAGACUUGAAUUUCAGGAGAAAACUCCAGUUUAGACAGGUUGGAAAGAGUUCUAUCUCUAGUCAAGCAAAGACUUUUGCUCCCUUGAACUAAGAAACAUGGUAUGUAUUUCUUUCCCCUGUUGUAAACCACUUUUUACUCUUUUCAGGGCUCUUGUGACAGAUAUGCACUUCCACUCUUGGGCACCUAAAUGUCUCAUUCAGAACUUAGCUUUCCAGAACCAAGAGGCCUUUAACUGGAGAAUUGGAGAGGGGCAGAGAGUGUGACUGCUCAAGAACACGUGUGUAUACUCAUGUGAUGGUGGGCAACUUCAGGACACUAGGACCAUCCACCUGCCCUCAGUCUAACAGCCAUCAUCUGUCAUUAGCUCAGCUGAAAAGCCCUUUAUCCUGCCUUUAUGUAGCUGGCUCUUUGCCCGGCCUUUUGCCCUCUGUCUGUACCCAUGGAAUAGCAGGCUAAGUCAGAAGUGCUGUUUCAUUCACAGUCCUCUAAGCAACAGUGGGGUUAGUAAGGAUUGUAAUAACAGGUUUUUUUCUCUCUGGCUCUCACCCAACAGCCUGGACACUUGCCAUUCCUCCUUCUUGACAGCCUCUCCCCCUUCCU